UACAGUGCUUUCGACUGGGAGCUAUUGGCACUAUACCUGGCAAUCCGGCAUUUCAGGUACUUCUUAGAAGGUAGGCCCUUCACCGCGUUCACCGACCACAAACCGCUUACCUUUGCGUUCACUAAGGUGUCCGACCCCUGGUCGUCCCGCCAGCAGCGACAUCUGUCCUACAUCUCCGAGUACACGACGGACAUCCGGCAUGUCUCGGGAAAGGACAGCAUCGUGGCAGACGCACUAUCCAGACCGACCAUACAGGCCCUGUCCCAGGGGCUGGACUAUGCAGCGCUGGCAGAGGCACAGCAGGCAGACGCUGAGAUCCCCAGUUACAGGACUGCAGUCUCCGGGUUGCAGCUCCAAGACCUCCCCGUAGGCCCAGGUGAGAGGACCCUACUAUGUGACGUAGCUACCAGCCAACCCCGCCCCGUCGUCCCAGCAGCCUGGCGCCGGCGGGUGUUCGAAUCCAUUCACAACUUAGCGCACCCCUCCAUCAGGACAACUGUCCGGCUGGUCGCCAACAGGUUCGUGUGGCAUGGACUGCGUAAACAGGUCAGUGAAUGGGCCAAAACAUGUAUGCAGUGCCAAACGGCCAAGGUGCAGCGGCACACCAAGGCUCCGCCGCAGCAGUUCGAACCCACCCGCCGGAGGUUCGACCACAUCCAUGUGGAUAUCGUGGGGCCCCUGCCAGUGUCACGAGGAGCGCGGUACCUCCUAACUAUGAUAGACCGGUUCACCAGAUGGCCAGAGGUGGUCCCGCUCACCGACACCACCUCUGAAUCCUGCGCCCGAGCACUGAUCGCAACCUGGGUAGCCCGCUUCGGGGUACCGGCCCACAUUACCUCCGACAGGGGAGCCCAGUUCACCUCCAGCCUGUGGUCAGCGAUGGCCAGCCUUUUAGUAUCGCAGCUAUACCACACAACUGCCUACUAACCACAGUCGAACGGACUAGUGGAGCGCUUCCACCGUCACCUGAAAUCGGCUCUCAUGGCCCGCCUGGAGGGGCCUAACUGGGUGGACGAACUUCCCUGGGUCCUGCUCGGAAUCCGCACGGCGCCCAAAGAGGAUCUGCACACCUCGUCGGCCGAGUUGGUGUACGGCGCGCCCCUGGUCGUC